CACUGUUUGGCCCUGAUUAAACAAAUAUUUAUAAUAAUAAUAAAACUAUUAGAUUUAACAGGCCAGUUUUACCUCAGAUUGACAGUGAACAUUACCAAAGUGUCAGCUAAACACUUCUCAUGGGUAUAUGUUUCUUUCCUUAUUUAUGUUUCUUUCCUUCUUUAUCAGGUCAUAAUUUUUGAGUGUAUCACACAAAACCAAGAUAAAAAACGCUUAACGUAGUUUAAACAUUUUUAAAGAAAAUAUAAAGUCAACCCAAAACACUUCAUAAUAGGUGCAGUCCUAAAACUGAACCUACAGGCAGCCAAUCAGCUUUCUCGGAGCCAGCUACAGGCAGCCAAUCAGCUUUCGCUGGUCAGCGUGCAGGCAAAUAUCCCGCCCACGGCGCUUAUUCUGAGGCGGAGAUCGGAGAGAGCAGAACUUUGCUGUUUGAGGAUUAAUGUGUUUAAUUCCUCUUCUGUUACAGGUGUUGUUCGUCUGUUCAGACUCGAUGCUACGCUGUAAACACUCUUGUAAUGUCUUACUCACGGGUUAUCUGGACACCUUUCAUUUGUGUCUCCAUCUAAUUCAUUCACUAAGAGGCUCAAGUGAAGAGUUUACUGAAGGACAGCGAGAACAUGAGUGAUCCAGAACCCUGCAGAAUUAAACCUGAAGAUACUGAACAACAAAUAGACUUAAUUGAAGAAAAUGUGGCAAGUAAAGAGGAGGAACAUCAUGUCAAAGUUGAGGAAAAAAUUAAUUUACAGACAUGCAGUGUUUUAAAAACGAGAGACAAGAAACCAUUGACAUGCGCUCAGUGUGGAAAGAGCUUCAGCCAAUCAUCAAUCCUUACUCCACACAUGAAGAUCCACACUGAAGAGAAACCAUUCACAUGCACUGAAUGUGGGAAGAGUUUCAGACAAAUAUCAACCCUUAAUACACACACAAUCCUCACUGGAGAGAAACCAUUCAGAUGCACUCUGUGUGGGAAGAGCUUCACCUUCUCAUCAAACUAUACUAAACACUUGAGGAUCCACACUGGAGAGAAACCGUUCACAUGUUCUCAGUGUGGGAAGAGAUUUAGCGUCUCCCAAUCAUCAAUCCUCAUUAGACACAUGAAGAUCCACACUGAAGAUAAACUAUUUACAUGCACCCAGUGUGGGAAGAGUUUCAGACAGAUAUCAAGCCUUGAUACACACAAGAAAAUCCACACUGGAGAGAAACCAUUGACAUGCACUCUGUGUGGGAAGAGUUUCACCUUCUCAUCAAACUAUAAUGACCACAUGAUGAUUCACACUGGAGUGAAACCAUUCACCUGCACUCAGUGUGGGAAGAGUUUUACCUUCUCAUCAAACUAUAAUCAACACAUGAGGAUUCACAGUGGAGAGAAACCAUUCACAUGUUCUCAGUGUGGGAAGAGUUUCAGCAUCUCGUCAUACCUUAUUAAACACAUGAGGAUCCACACUGGAGAGAAACCAUACACAUGUUCUCAGUGUGGGCAGAGUUUCAGACAAACAUCAACCCUUAAGGGACACAUGGAGAUCCACACCGGAGAGAAACCAUUCACAUGCACUGAGUGUGGGAAGAGUUUCAGAAAAAUAGCAACCCUUAAGGGACACAUGAGGAUCCACACUGGAGAGAAACCCUUCAGAUGCACUCAGUGUGGGAAGAGCUUCACCUUAUCAUCAAACUAUAAUCAGCACAUGAGGAUCCACACCGGAGAGAAACCAUUCACAUGUUCUCAGUGUGGGAAGAGUUUCAGCAUGUUGUCAUCCCUUAAUCAACACAUGAGGAUCCACACUGGAGAGAAGCCAUACACAUGCACUCAGUGUGGGCAGAGUUUCCGACAAACAUCAGUUCUUAAUAGACACAUGAAGAUCCACACUGGAGAGAAACCAUUCACCUGCACUCAGUGUGGGAAAAGCUUCAGCUAUUCAUCAUCCCUUAAUGAACACAUGGUGAUCCACACUGGAGAGAAACCAUUCACAUGCACUCAGUGUGGGAAGAGUUUCAGCCGAUCAUCCAACCUUAGUCAACACAUGAUGAUCCACGUUGGAGAGAAACCAUUCAUCUGCACUCAGUGUGGGAAGAGUUUCUGCCGACUAUCCAACCUUAAUCAACACAUGACGACCCACACUGGAGAGAAACCAUUUACAUGUUCUCAGUGUGGGAAGAGUUUCAGCCAAUCAUCAAACCUUAAUCAACACUUGACGAUCCACACCGGAGAGAAACCAUACACAUGCACUCAGUGUGGGAAGAGCUUCAGCCAAUCAUCAAGCCUUAAUAAACACAUGAUGAUUCACACUGGAGAGAAACCAUUCACAUGUUCUCAGUGUGGGAAGAGUUUCAACCAAUCAACAAACCUUAAUCACCACAUGAUGAUCCACACUGGAGAGACACCAUUCACCUGCACUCAGUGUGGGAAGAGUUUCAGCCAGUCAUCAUCCCUUAAACAACACCAGAUGAUUCACACUGGAGAGAAACCGUACAAGUGUUCACACUGCGACAAGAGAUUCAGUCAGACCUCACAUCUGAAAGCACAUGAGAGGACGCACACUGGAGUAAAACCGUACAAGUGUUCACACUGCGACAAAAGAUUCAAUCAGUUAGGAGCCCAGAAAACACAUGAGAGGAUACACACUGGAGAGAAACCUUACAAGUGUUCACACUGCAGUAAAAGAUUCAGUCAUUUAUUAAGCCUGAAAGCACAUGAGAGCAUUCACACUGGAGAGAAACCGUACAAGUGUUCACACUGUGACAAAAGAUUCAGUCAGUUACCACAUCUGAAAUCACAUGAGAGGAUUCACACGGGAGAGAAACCUUACAAGUGUUCACACUGCGACAAGAGAUUCAAUCGGUUAGGAAGCCAGAAAAGACAUGAGAGGACUCACACCGGAGAGAAACCUAAUAAGUGUUCACACUGCGGCAAGAGAUUCAGUCAGUUAUCACAUUUGAAAGUACAUGAGAGGAUUCACACUGGAGAGAAACAAGUGAGAUUCAGUCAGUCAGAAACAUUGAAAAACGCACAAGAGUGUCACGUCUGAGGCCGUACUCACACUAGGUAGUUUCCUCGAACCGGGCCAAAGCACGCUUGUCCCCCCUCCUGUCUCCCCCGACGGCCAGCACUCACACCACAAAUGGGCCUCGG